AUGGAGAUAGCCUUGGUGAGCUUUGAGAACGGCGGAGCCAAAGGGAGCGGAGGAGGAGGAGGAGGAGGAGGAGGAGCAGGAGCAGGAGGAGCAGGAGGCAACAAUGCCGAGGAGAGCUGCCGGAACGCGCUGGAUGCCCCUCAGUCGGGCUUCGUUCAAACUGGACUUGGAGAGGACUACAGCAAAGAGCUGAACACCCGGGGGAGUCCCCAGCAGCAUCAUCAUCCUCAUCCUCAUCAUCCUCUUCUUCUUCAUCAUCAUCAUCAUCAGCAGCAGCAGAGCUCCUGGAAAAUCAACGACAUGAACAACACUUUCAGCUGCAGCGAGAACACCAUGGAUGCGCUUUUACGCGCGGACCACAGUCCGCAUCUGUUCGACGAGGACCUGCUGGACCUGGACCCGGACACGGAGAGCAACGAGAGGGUGCUCAUCAACAUAGCCGGGCUCCGGUACGAGACCCAGCUGGGCACCCUGAACCAGUUCCCGGACACUUUGCUGGGGGACCCCGCCAAGAGGAUCAAAUACUUCGACCCGCUCCGGAACGAGUACUUCUUCGACCGCAACAGACCGAGUUUCGACGGGAUUUUGUAUUUCUACCAGUCGGGGGGGAAGGUCCGCAGACCCGUGAACGUGUCCAUCGACGUGUUCGCGGAUGAGAUCAGGUUUUAUCAGCUGGGGGAGGAGGCCUUGGAGAGGUUCCGCGAGGACGAGGGCUUCAUCAAAGAGGAGGAGAAGCCGCUGCCCCAGAACGAGUUCCAGAAGCAGGUCUGGCUCAUCUUCGAGUACCCGGAGAGCUCCAUCCCGGCUCGCGGCAUCGCCAUCGUGUCUGUGAUCGUCAUCACCAUCUCCAUCAUCACCUUCUGCCUGGAGACGCUGCCGGAGUUCAGGGACGAGAGGGAGCUUCCGGUCACCGGCCGGCUGGACAACAGCACCGCGCCCCGGCCGUCCCUCACCUUCACGGACCCCUUCUUCAUCAUCGAGACCACGUGCGUCAUCUGGUUCACCUUCGAGCUGUUCGUGCGCUUCUUCGCGUGCCCGAGCAAGUCGGAGUUCUCCAAGACCGUGAUGAACAUCAUCGACAUCAUGUCCAUCAUGCCUUACUUCAUCACCGUGGGCACGGAGCUGGCGGAGCAGCAGGGCCAGGAGCACCAGAACGGGCAGCAGGCCAUGUCCCUGGCCAUCCUGCGGGUCAUCCGCCUGGUGCGGGUCUUCCGCAUCUUUAAGCUCUCCAGGCACUCCAAGGGGCUCCAGAUCCUCGGGCAGACCCUCAAAGCCAGCAUGCGGGAGCUGGGCCUCCUCAUCUUCUUCCUCUUCAUCGGAGUCAUCCUCUUCUCCAGCGCCGUGUUCUUCGCGGAGGCGGACGAGCCGGAGUCGCACUUCUCCAGCAUCCCGGACGCGUUCUGGUGGGCCGUGGUCACCAUGACGACGGUGGGCUACGGGGACAUGAGGCCGGUGACCGUCGGGGGGAAGAUAGUGGGCUCGCUGUGCGCCAUCGCCGGCGUGCUCACCAUCGCGCUGCCGGUGCCGGUCAUCGUGUCCAACUUCAACUACUUCUACCACCGAGAGACGGACCAGGACCAGUCCUCCCUGAAGGACGAGCCCACCAGCGACCGGGAGAGUCCCGAACCGAAGCGCAAGGGCAGCAAGUCGUCCGCCAAGUCGCAGGAGGCGGAGAACAGCGGCGCGCCCGCUUCGCUGGAGAAGGCGAACAUGAAGGCGAACAGCAGCGUGGACUUCAAGAGGUCCCUGUACGCGUUCUGCCUGGACACGCGCGAGACCGACCUCUAA